AUGGCACCGAACGUGCUCGGUAAUACGAUAUUGCUCGCGGAAGCGUGCAUCGAGCAGGAGGACCGCAACAACAACAACGCUCCGGUCGGCACUCCGUACAAGAGCAAAUCCAUCCUGAACGUACCCAUCACCAUCACCACCAGUGCGUCGACGACGAUUUUGGAGGAGUCCAAGAAGAAAGAUAUCAUCCACCAGGCUGAGGCUGUCCGACCAGCGGCGACUCCCAAACGACAGUACCACCACGUGUACGUGUGGCGAAACAUUAUAGCGUUCGUCUAUCUCCAUCUUGGCUUUCUGUACGGCAGCUACCUGCUGGUGACAUCGGCGAAAUGGAGCACAUUUUUCUUAGCUUUAGCGUUGGGCUCCUGCGGAGCACUGGGCAUCACGGCCGGAGCGCACCGGCUCUGGUCGCACCGGGCGUACAAGGCCAAGUGGCCGCUGCGCCUAUUCCUGAUGCUAGCGCAGACGCUAGCGUUCCAGAACAGCGUCUACGAGUGGGUGCGCGACCACCGGGUGCACCACAAGUUCACCGACACCGACGCCGACCCGCACAACGCGACGCGCGGCUUCUUCUUCUCGCACAUCGGCUGGCUGAUGGUGAAGAAGCAUCCGGACGUGAAGGCGCGCGGCCGGGCCGUGGACAUGAGCGACCUGGAGCAGGACGGAAUCAUCAUGUUCCAGCGGCGCUACUACGCGCUGCUGAUGCCACUGUGCUGCUUCGUCAUACCGACCUUCCUGGCGUACUACUUCCUGGACGAGACGUUCUCCAACUCCUGGUACGUGGUGGCCAUCUUCCGCUACGUGCUGUCGCUCAACGCGACCUGGCUGGUGAACAGUGCCGCCCACAUCUGGGGCACGAAGCCGUACGACCGUAACAUCUCCCCGACGAACAACACGUUCGUGGCGAUCGCCGCGUACGGCGAAGGCUGGCACAACUACCACCACGUGUUCCCGUGGGACUACAAGACGUCCGAGCUCGGCACGUACAGCACCAACUUCACGACGGCGGCCAUCGACUUCUUCGCCCGCAUCGGCUGGGCGUACGAUCUGAAGUCGGUAUCGGACGAUCUGAUCCGCAAGCGCGUCCUGCGCACCGGCGACGGCUCGCACCAGUACAGCGAGAGCGAACUGCACGCCAAGAUGGUGGACUACGUCAACACGCUCGACCACGAGUCCGAGCAGGCCGUCUGGGGCUGGGACGACAAGGACAUGAACGAGCAGGACCGCAAGGACGCCACCGUGAAGAACAAGUGCGACUAG